AUGGACUCUUAUCUAAGAGAAAUAGAAGGAAAACAAGCGAAUGACCCUUUAUUCAUAGAGAAAAUGAACAAAAAAAAUUCAAGUUCUUCAAAUGAAAGAUGUUUAUGGAUUCCAGGUCCGUUGAUAGUAGGAGCAGGACCUUCGGGACUCGCAGUAGCAGCAUACCUAAAACAAAAAGGUGUUCCAAGUUUAAUACUGGAAAGAUCAAACUGCAUAGCUUCACUAUGGAAACUAAAAACCUACGAUCGACUUCGUCUUCAUUUACCGAAACAAGUUAGCGAGCUUCCAUUAAUGAAAUUCCCUGCUGGUUUCCCAACAUAUCCAACAAAACAACAAUUCAUAGAGUAUUUGGAAAGUUACUCGGAGAAAUUCGAUAUUAGGCCUUGGUUCAAUGAGACAGUGAAACAUGCUGAGUUCGAUGGUACACUUGGGUUUUGGAGGGUGAGGAGUGAGGGGAAAGGAGGGAUGGUUACCGAGUUCGUUUGUCGGUGGUUGAUCGUUGCGACGGGGGAGAAUGCGGAGGCGGUUGUGCCGGAGAUGGAAGGAGUUGGUGAGUUUGGUGGCAGUAUUAAGCAUACUAGUUUCUAUAAAAGUGGUGAGGAAUUUAGAGGGAAGAAAGUUUUGGUUGUUGGAUGUGGGAAUUCUGGUAUGGAAAUUUGUUUGGAUCUUUGCAAUCAUGAUGCUGCUCCUUCUAUUGUCGUUAGAGACUCGGUACACAUCCUACCAAGAGAUAUGCUGGGAAAAUCAACUUUUGGGCUGUCCAUGUGGUUGCUCAAGUGGCUGCCUAUGCAGCUUGUGGAUUGCAUCCUUCUCAUCAUGUCUUGGCUAUUGCUCGGCGACACGGCGCGAUUCGGUUUGAUUCGGCCCCGUGUAGGACCCCUUGAACUCAAAAAAUUGUCUGGAAAGACACCGGUCCUAGAUGUGGGUGCCCUUGCCAAGAUCAAAAGAGGAGACAUUAAGGUAUGUCCAGGAAUCAAGAGGUUAAAACGUUACACAGUGGAAUUUAUUGAUGGAAAGAUAGAAAAUUUUGAUGCCAUUAUUUUGGCAACUGGUUACAAAAGUAAUGUACCUUAUUGGCUAAAGGAUAAGGAUAUGUUCUCUAAGAAAGAUGGAUACCCUAUGAAGCCAUUUCCUAAUGGAUGGAAAGGUGAAAAUGGCCUCUAUGCUGUUGGUUUCACCAAACGUGGACUUCUUGGUGCAUCUAUGGAUGCAAAAAAUAUAGCUCAAGAUAUUGAAUGGUGUUGGAAAUCUGAGGCUAAGCAUACUUUUGCUUUUGCUCUAUUGCCACAAUCCAAGUCAUGA